GGUUUACACUCGUUUUUUGGUAACUUGACAUUUUCUGGAUUAGUUUUACACUGAGAUUUUUUUUUAACGAGAGAGUAUGCCCGCAGUGUCUGGCACGAGGACUUCUUCUGAACUGGACUCCCUGGACACGAGGACUCCUGCUGGAAUCGAACCGGCAACCUUUUAGUCGCAGCGGAGACCUUCAAGCAAACUGGACUGUCUGCCUCUGUCCCCGCUCUGUAACAGCUGUGUCUUCUUCACUUCAUGUGUUACUCCUGCAGGUCUCACUCGACGCAAAUCCAUUUAACAACUUUUUAGUUUUUUACCGGGGAAAAUACUUCAUUUAUAAAACACCAAGCCUACACACGUCUUCUAAUAGGACUUUCAUCUUUACGUCUAUUGCAGCCAUGUAUCCGGUGGCUUAGUAUUAUUUUGUAGUUUUUUUUCUACACAUUUCUAUACAGGAACAAAAUAAAAAAGAAUUCUACACUUUCACGAGUUGUUGCGUAAAUCUCGUCGGCUCUCAUGGGACUGAGGCAUUCGUCGCGUUGUUUGCUGCUACGGCGGAAGAUGGCGGAGGCGGACAGCUCGGAGCGGCAGCAGCCUGUUACGUCCCCCCUCUCCCAGUCUGCCCAGCCCUCCCCACUGCCAAAACCAGUGCCUACUACCCACCAUGUGCCCUGCGGCCCGCAGACGCCUCAUGUAGCAGCCCCGGCCACCUGUCCCGGUCGAGGCAAGAUUUCCAAAUUCAUCAGUCCAGAGGAAAUGACAUCACGGGACUACUACUUCGACUCAUAUGCCCACUUUGGCAUCCAUGAGGAGAUGCUGAAGGACGAGGUGCGCACGCUGACCUACCGGAACGCCAUGUACCACAACAAGCACGCGUUCAAAAACAAAAUCGUCCUGGACGUCGGCAGCGGCACGGGGAUCCUCUGCAUGUUCGCCGCCAAUGCCGGCGCCAAACACGUGUAUGGGAUUGAAUGUUCGAGCAUAUCCGAAUAUUCUGAGAAGAUCAUCAAGUCAAAUCACCUCCACAAUGUCAUCACCAUCUUCAAGGGCAAGGUGGAGGAGGUGGAGCUGCCCGUGGAGAAGGUGGACAUUAUCAUCUCGGAGUGGAUGGGCUACUGCCUCUUCUACGAGUCCAUGCUCAACACCGUCAUCUUCGCCAGGGACAAGUGGCUGAAACCUGGAGGCCUGAUGUUCCCUGACAGAGCAUCUCUCUACGUGGUGGCCAUUGAAGACCGGCAGUACAAAGACUUCAAGAUACAUUGGUGGGAAAACGUGUACGGGUUCGACAUGAGCUGCAUUCGCAACGUGGCCAUCAAAGAGCCUCUGGUGGAUUUGGUAGAUCCCAAGCAGGUGGUGACUAACGCCUGCCUCCUGAAGGAAGUGGACAUCUACACCGUGAAGCCAGAGGACCUGUCCUUCACAUCAGCCUUCUGUCUGCAGAUCCAGCGCAACGAUUACGUCCAUGCCCUGGUCACCUAUUUCAACAUCGAGUUCACCAAGUGUCACAAAAAGACCGGCUUCUCCACCGCUCCAGAUGCUGCCAGCACACACUGGAAGCAGACCGUGUUUUACUUGGAGGACUACUUAACUGUCAAGAAGGGAGAGGAGAUCUUUGGCAGUAUUGCCAUCAGGCCCAAUGAGAAGAAUGUGCGUGACCUGGAGUUCACCCUGGAGCUCGACUUUAAAGGACAACUAUGUGAGGCCGCCAUUACCCACGACUAUAAAAUGCGUUAAGCGCAAAAAACAACAACCGACCACUCACCCUCAGCCCCUCGACACACCUCUCGAGUGUGGGGGACGGCGCAGACUCUCCAACGGGCAUUCCAGUUGGCCGGCGAGGGCGACCAGACGCAUCUGAUUGGAUGCCGUCAUGCCAGCACCCAAGUGAUGUCAUCAGAAUAGGCAAGUAUCUAUCAGCAAUAGUGCCAUCACCUGUACCAACUUGAUCGACUCGGGCACAUCGUUGAAUGUAACAUCCUAAAGGAACUUGAUUUUGUUUUUCUUCUGGAGAUUAUUUUAAAACCUGAGUGUAAAGGAGUCUUUAUAUUGAUAGUGCAGCUAAUUGAAAAGCAUCGAUCUGCGUGAUGAAGGUCACAGCAUAGUCAUCUGUUUUUCCUUUAGUCACUGUUGAAAUGUAUUAUGCACUGUGUAAUUGUUUAGAGGGUGCAGUAUUUAAUUGUGUUUUAUUUGUUAUUUAUUAUUUGCAACUUCUUUGCUUCGUUGAUUUCAGAAAGGUGUGAAAUGUGUUAUUGUAUUUCUUUAAUGGAAGAUGAAUCAGAACAAAAUGUACUUUGGUGCCAGAAUAAAACAGAACAAUGCCUCAAGAACAAACACGGAUGCAAUAUGUCUUGUACCACUUGGUUUUGAUUGGACAACGAAUAUGAAAAAAAGAAGAUGAACAACGAUGAAUAAAAUGUCCAAGAAUCAGA